AUGGCUCGAAGCAAAGUUACUGCAAAACGUAAAAUCUCAUAUCAAGAACCAGAAGAGAACCAAGAUGUUCACUCAAGCACUGAGUCAGAUUAUCAUGAGGAAACCCAAAAUGAAGCAAAUUCCAUGAAUACCAUUUCAUCAUCUCAUCCAUCCAAAAGUUCUUCUCCUUCUAUCACUCCAAAAAUCUCCAAAAACUCAUCCUCCUCAGCUCCCUCCAGGCGUUCUUCCAGAAUCAUGUCUGGAGUCGUCUCAUCCAACAAGGCACCUCCUCAAGACAAUACGAUCUAUGUCAUCAAUUCUGAUGAUUCAGAGACCACUCUCCCUACUCCUGCACAACAAUCUCCUCAUGCGAAAUCAACCUCCAACAUUCCAACUCCUAAAAAGGCCAAACCUUCUUCACCAAAACCCACAUCAUCAUCCACAAAAAAUUCUGAAAUCACUUCAAUGUUUGAUUCGGCCGAAUUAGACACUCUCUAUAUCUCAAAAUGGCAAAACAAGUAUGUGGUCAAUGGAUCAAAAGGCACGACUAAUUUAAGUAUAGUGCUAAAAGGGGUUCAUAUGGAAAUUAAUUCCACCACACUAUGUCAAAUUCUUGAUAUACAUGAUGAAGGAGCUCACUGCUUAUCUGAGACAUGGUACUCACAAUGUGUUAUCACUAGGACCUCUGUGCUCCAAAGCACGCUCAUCAAACCUCCAAAACCGUUGGUAGCCUCCAAACUCGUCCCCUUGUGUCGUAUCCUUCACAAUAUAGGUGUUCACUCUAUCACGCCCUGGGCCGACAGUUUUGAGAAGGUCACGGAGCUUGACCUCAUGAUUAUUCAUCACUUGAUAACUGGUACUCCUCUUCAUUUGGGUCAUGUUAUUUUUACCUUCAUGUUGAAUGUUGUUGUGAUGGGACGAUCUGCUCCCUAUGGGAUGAUUUUGACAAAAAUCUUUAAAUUUUUCAAAAUCCCACUUGAGGAUGAACACUCCAUCCACUUCAACAACACCUUUUCUAUGAAGAAUAUUAAACAGAUGAAGAUUCAAAAUGAUGACUGCCCUGCCUCCAAGAAACGGAAAGCUCGUCCUUCCUCCUCUCUUUCUCAAAAAUCUGAAGCUGAAACCACUCAACCUCCACCUGAGGAUACACCAUCACCACUUAUUCCAGAACCCACCUCUCCACUGCGUAACUCUCCUGAUACUACUCCUUCUCCUGACUCACCAACAACUCAGUCUUCACCUAUCCACAAACUGACUCCCCUUCAUGAAGCCGAUCCUAUCCUUGAGGAUACCUUCACAUCAACUCCUCUUCAAAAUAUGGAAGAUGUGAGGAUGGAUGAAGAUGCACUCCCACCACCAGAUUUUUCGCAACAAAUUCCUCCUGCUGCAAACAUUGAAAAACCUUCCCAACCUCUCCCUGAGGUCACAGAUGUGUUAAGUUCCUUGACUCUUUCUUUACUGCCACGACUCAUAACCAUUCAAAGGACAAGGCUGACAGCUCUUAGAAUAAGAGUUCCAGUGAAAGACCCGAAGAAAGUUCUUCAUCGCUUCACUCACUUUCAGAACUCUUUGGUUCAAUUUGGUCUCAUUCUUGAAUGGGUUACCAAACACUUGGUUCCUACUAUUGCUCCUGGAGAUCAUCCUCUUGAGCUACCAGCCCAGCUAUCCUCUGAUGUUCCAUCUCCUUCAUCCUCAUCAGACUAA